ACCAGUGUUUCAUGAGCUACAGCAGCAGGAAGAUACCUUAAGUCUACUGUUUGCUUCAGAGUGGAACAUUAUUGGAUGUUAACUUCAGGCUCAGAGGAAGCAUCCUUGUGUCAUAUGCUCACUGAGGUUGUUGGCUGUUGUGUAGCAGGUCACUAAGAGUUGUGCUGUUUAGAUUUGUAUCACUCAACAUGAGUAAGUUUCACAGUGAGCUGACUCAGAGGGAGCAGGACUUGCUGAAGAUCCGUCGCGACAGCGACACUAAGGCUGCCGAACUUGUCAAGAUGGAGAAGAUGCUGGAGCAGACCAAGAACCUGUUUGACAAGAAGACAGAGUCUGGUUCAGAUAGCAUGGGCUACCAGGAGAACAUGGUGGAAGACCUGGAAGAAAAAGUGCGCUCCAGCAGACGACAAAGGAGAAACUCCCUCCAUCACACACAGAUGCUGGAGAGCCAGAUGAAAACAGUGAAGGGCGAGCUGGUGGGCACACUGGACCAUCUUCAGGAGCUGAGGAACGUCUUGCGUCGUUCACAGCAGAAAGCAGAAGAGCGCAAAGCUGCGAUGGAGAAGCUGGCAGCAGGGCUCAGGUAAAGCUUUAAUACACCAACUGAAUGUCUGACCUGCGGCCCUUGAUCCUGCCAACCAAACUGUGCCGAGUUUACAGAAAAGAAGACCGCACCCAUAUGCUGGUAAAAAAAAGAAAGAGACUUCAGCCGCUGCAUUGGUCUUCCCUCUGUUCUCCUCCAUUGCUGCAGUAAGCCAUUGUAUUGCAUCCAAAGACUAAAUUGAAAAGACUUUAUCCGUGGUAUUUCACAACCUGCCUUUAACAAACGUCUAAAGUAGCUUUUUCUUCCUUUUAUUGCCCAUUUUUGUCCCACUCUCAUUAUUCUCAUAUUUUGAAGGCUUUGUGUUGGCAUGCUUUGAAUUUUAGGUUGUUGUCCAGAACUUGGGCUUCUCUGUGUCUUCUAGAAAUAAUUUUAAUCCUGCUGCUUAUCCCAUCAGUGAACCAUCCGUUUUAAAACUACUCUGAAAUAUACAUACAGUACAGUAUUAUACAUACAGUACAGUAUUCCAUAUUUCUGUGAUGUUCUUUUACUUUUUGCAGAUUGCACUUAAUGAGAUUGCUCAUCUCAGAGGCAAUAAUAAGUAGUAUUCAGCUCCUAAAAAUAUAUCCUGAGCAGCCCUCAUAAAUGCUUUUUUUUCUGGUUUGCUGUCUGCUUAUCCAUUUAUGAAAAGAAAAUAUCUCUAUGAUUGAUGGGAUUCUUAUGUGCAGCCCUGGAGAUCACCUCAAUGUUAUUGCUUCAUGAACCCGAUUUUAUUGAAUUUAUUCCUGCCCAUAAUAUCAUGUAUAUGGUGUUUUCUAAUGUAAAUCUGUAAAUUCAUAAUCUUAAUCAUUGUGAUGUUAUUACAUUCUUAGACACUGAUCAAUCUCAUGAUGUAUGCAUUGUUUCUUGGACAAUCUAUAUUUGUAUACACAGCUACAAUAUAACAACAGAAAAUAUUUGUGAUAAACACCACAGAGAUAAUUUUUGCUUUAAUAUCUUUGUAGGACUGGCAUAUACAAAUGUAUCUUUUAAAUGAACUGUUUGAUAAUGUAUUGUCAGAAGUGCAAAAAUAAAUCAUCCUGAGAUUUAAACAUUAAA